ACAGAAUACUACACACACGCUCGUGCAGAACAUUUGCCUCGCGCUGCUCUAAGUCUUGUGGAGCGCCAUGCCCGCCACCCUCAAGGCGACAGAAGGAACCGCUGGAGAGGAGGACGCAGGCCGCCGCGUCAAGCCCCGCACCAAGCACGAGGGAGGCAGCAAGGACAAGCGGCUCAAGGGCAUUGGCGACAAAGGGCUUCGUCGGCUCCUGCUCGUGAUGGUCAAGCAGCUCCUAAGGUAUUCACAGGGGAUGCGCGAGCUCGACGAGUGCCUAUUCGACACUUCUCUUUGCCCUGCCGGCGGAUUCGAAGCGACGAAGAUUCCAGAGCAGACGCACAACUACUCGACGGCGGCGAAGAAGGACGGGAAAGGACAUCCCCACGGAGCACCGUACAUCUGGGCGCUCGCGGGGCUGAUCGAGGCGCUGAAAGAGAGGGGCAGCGAGGUAGGAGACACGAGCGCAAAGAGCGUCAUGGAGAUAUGGGGGUGGCCCGGCCCACACAACAUGGAAGAGAAUAUGGAGAUGAUCAGAAUGUGUUGUCUGUGAAAGACGCACGACAAAGACAAGAAGAGGAUCACCUUCGUGCUGCGCGACGAGCGGUGGCGCCAGGUGGUGAUCCAGAGCUGCGGUCAGGUGGGGAUGAGCCGCAAGCAGGGCAAGGCUCCAGCAUCGUUCGUGGAGCGGGAGCUGCAGGAGUACGUGGACCAGCUGCAGCAGUAACAGAGCAAGUACGUGAGCCUGCGGCGGGGCCCGUGCGGAGGCGUGAACCUGCUGCUGCUGCUGCUGCUGUACUUGAGCGGGUACGCGAGCCCGCCGCCGCGGGCGCUCCUGCGGCUGCCCUGCCUGUCGGCACCCCCGCCGUGAAGCCGAGUGUUCCGCUUGAGAAUAGUA